AUGAACCGUCAUAUAAAUGAUUCGCUCCCUACCCAGGAGCUUCCACAGCCUUCAGAGCCCAUAUACGUCGAGGACAGUGAUGAUUCGGGCAUCCGUGACACUGACAGCGACACUGACAGCAGUGUGACAGUUGAUAAUGACCCAGAUCGGUCGUUUUUCCUUGAUGACGAACAAUCUCACCCUGGAGGCAGGCGACGAACCCCAACGCCUUUCCCCAUAGGGAGCCAAAAUCACCAAGAAAUCAUAGACCUCACCUCGGGCCCUGAGCUACUGGUCACAGAAGGCGAUUAUCUUACCGAUGAAUGCUUUGAGCGUCUUCUGCGAGACUGGGGCCGACCUGGACCCGCGGCGGCAACUCUGCCGAUUCAAGAGGCCGCGGAAUCGGAAAAGCGCACAAUUGACCAUGCUUGCGUAGAUGGCAUAGUUUACAAAGCGGGGCAUUCCCUUGAACUUCACAAUGGCCUUUAUUUCAGAAUCACAACUGUGCUUCAAGAUAGUGCUGGAGAGGUCUUCUUUCAAGGCCGUCAUCUGAUCCGAACGAGGAACCACAAGGGAACUUAUAUACCCAAAUGGUCCAAUGAACUGGUCUGGAUCGUUAACGAGUCAACACAAGUCCCACUGAGCUUCGUCAAGCGGUUCGUCAAUAUUCGUUUCACAAGCUGCUGCCAUGUUGAGCAAGAUCUUCAGAAACAAAAUCGGCCAAAUGAUCUGUUCUGUCGAUUAAAGGAGAAUCUUGAUUCGUCUCAGGCAGCAGUAGAGUACCUGUCAUUUCAAGAAUCUGAUGAAGGCUUUGCGAUUGAUUCGAAGUCAUUACGGCAGUCAUGGCGAGGUGAAACUCGUCCGUUUGGUAGUGCGGAUGCUAAUUCCCCAGCACAAUCUCCAGUCAUAGUGCUGGAUGCAGACCCUAUCAUUGAUCUUACCGAAAUUGAGAAAGAUGACGCCAGAGUGCAGAAAAGACAUCGCAAGUAUACGUUUGGCGAUGGGUUCUGCGGUGCAGGGGGUGUCUCUUGUGGUGCUUCGAAGGCUGGUCUACAUAUCAAGUGGGCGUUUGAUAAGUCCGAGCAUGCGAUUACCACGUAUCGUCUGAACUUUGCAACUGCGGUGUGUGAGCUAGGUGACGUCUUCUGCUUCUUGACAAAUGAUCCAGAAGUUUUGAAAGUGGAUGUCAGCCAUGGUUCUCCUCCGUGUCAGACGUUUUCUCCAGCCCAUACGAUCAGUAGUGUGAAUGACGAUGCUAAUUCAGCGUGCAUCUUUUCCUGUGCGGACAUGAUAAGGAAAUCGAGGCCGAGGGUGCACACAAUGGAGGAGACCAGCGGACUUUUUGAUCGCCACAAGGAAACCUUUCACAGAGUCAUUCAAGAUUUUAUAGAGAUCGGCUACUCUGUUCGUUGGAGAGUCCUGAAUUGCAUGGACUACGGGGUGCCGCAAUCACGAAGAAGGCUCAUCAUUAUUGCGUCCGGACCAGGUGAAUUGUUGCCACCGUUUCCGAAGCCCACACACGGGCUGCCCGGAUCGGGCCUUUUCGAUUACACCACGAUCAACCAGAUGAUAGCGAACAUCCCUCCAGAUGCCCCGGAUCACGAUAUCGAAGGUGCCAGGAGCCGAGGACUGCGGAAUGGAACGAGGGUCCCCUUCGACGCGAACCAGCAAGCCAAAACCGUGACCUGCGGCGGCGGGGAGAACAACUACCAUCCGUCCGGCACACGGGGCUUUACAAACCGCGAAUUCGCCUGUCUGCAGACGUUUCCGUUAGACUAUCGCUUUGCACGAGAAGUUCGGAAGCAAAUCGGAAAUGCCGUCCCUCCUGCGCUGUCCAAAGCGAUUUACCGAGAGAUCAUCAAGUCGUUGCAGCGUACAGACGAGCAAGAAUUCAGAGCUGGGGAUUCGUGA